GAAAGAUUAUACGCGUUUCGGACAUUAAUUGUAAGUCAAAAUGACGAGUACAGGAAAAUGGACAGACGGUGUGGAAGGCGUUUUAUUAGACAUAACAGGAGUUUUAUAUGAAAGUGGACCUUCGGAAGCCAUACAAGGAUCUUUAGAAGCGGUAAAGAGACUGAAAGAGGCUGGGCUGCCAGUACGGUUCUGUACCAAUGAGACGACUUGUACCAGACAGGUGUUAGUAGACAGAUUAAAAGGUUUUGGGUUUGACAUUAAACCAGAGGAAGUAUUUCCACCCAUCCCAGCUAUGUGUCAGGUCCUCAAGGAGAGAAAUCUACGUCCUCAUCUUCUUAUCCAUCCCAAUGCUUCAGCUGACUUUAGUGAUGUGACAACAGAGAACCCUAAUUGUGUGGUACUAGGGGAUGCCAUCCACGAGUUUUCCUACGCCAACUUAAACAAGGCUUUCCAGAUACUGGUCUCCUUGAAUAACCCUAUCCUUUUCUCCCUGGGCAAAGGGAGGUAUUAUAAAGAUGAAGGAAACUUAGUUCUAGACGUGGGAUCAUUUUGUCGUGCUUUAGAGUAUGCCUGUGAUAUUGAGGCUGAGGUAGUAGGGAAGCCAUCUGCUACAUUUUUUAACACUGCUGUGAAGAACAUGGGCCUUAAUGCUGAAAAGGUUGUUAUGGUGGGGGAUGAUAUUGUGAGUGAUGUAGGAGGUGCACUGGCAUCUGGUAUGAGAGGAGUGCUGGUACGGACUGGAAAAUACAGAUCCACAGACGAAGAUCACCCUACAGUCAAGCCAUCAGCAAUUGUAAAUAAUCUGUCAGAAGCAGUAGAUAUUUUGAUCAAAUCAAGAAAACCCAACUGGGAUGGCCUUGCAGAACUUGCAUAGCAAUCUUCUGUGUUUAUGCCAUAUGGCUACAAGAACUCCUUUGCUCUUGCCGUCAUCUCUGCUGAGGCUCCACGAUAUAGUGUCAUUCCCUUCCAGCCAAAAAAAAUGAUAUACAUGUAUAUAAAUAGAUCGUCAACAUUCAUGAACAUUUUGGAUGUCCAAAAGGUUUAAGAGUUAGUUGGAUUGUUAUUAGCUUUCUUUUUAAUAUCAAAUAUUAUACUAAACAGAUUUUUUUUAAUUGUUACUAAAUUACUACUGUAAUUAGAUAAUUAUAUUUGAUACAUCAUGAUGGUUUUUGUCUUUAUAGUAUUAUAAAAUGAUUUUUUGGAAUUUUUGCAGUGAUUAUAUAUGUCCUUAAUCAUGUUCAAUAUCUUAUUAUAAAGUCAGUGUUUUGUUAAUGUUACAUAUAUAGAUUCAAGGAAGAAAUCCUCUCAGGAUUUUUUUAUUUUAUUUUUAGUUUUUUAAUAUACAGAGUAUUUUGAGUUGUAAACAAGAUUUACACAUGCUGCUUGAUCUGACAUGGUCUUAUAAAGAGUGACCUUGAAUCUCGGGAGAUACAGAUCCGAUUUAUAAAUGAAUUAUAUUACUAUAUACAGUGGAGCCUCGAUAAUCCGAACACCUUCAUUCCCAGCCCAAACCGUACGCGUCUGUACAUGUAUAUGUACCUGGUAUGUAUCUACAUUUGGUGCUGCAGUCUCCCAUUGCCACAGCAUUAAUCUUGACUGCAUCUAUGAGUGGAUAGAUGCAUGCAUUCGAGAUAUAAGAUUGUAUUUAUUGUCACUAAAGAUAAAAUUUAUAUUGACAAUAAAUGCAAUCUAACAAGCUUUAAUCGUUAGAUAACAGUUGUAUACCUGAAAAUGCAUAUAGUUUUAAAAGGUGAUUUAUAUUAUCAGUGUCAUUUUGAACUACAGAUGCAGUCAACAUGUAAAAUUAGAUAAAUAAUUGUAGUGUAUAUGCAAUAUGUAAAAGAAUUAAAAAAUAUUUAUAACAACAUUUCAUAUCUUGAAAACCAUGCAAUUCAUUAGUUAAUAACACUUUCAAAUAAUUUUUUACAAUUGCAUGUAGAAUGUCAUUGUCAAAAAACUCUCGAGUCUCUGCUCUACACAAACCAUAAAGAUGACAGAAACUCUCGAGUCUCUGCUCUACACAAACCAUAGGGAUGACAGAAACUUUCGAGUCUCUGCUCUACACAAACCAUAGGGAUGACAGAAACUGUCGAGUCUCUGCUCUACACAAACCAGGGGCCGUGAUGGCAGAGUAGUUAAAGUGUCCCGACACUUUAUCACUAGCCCUCCACCUCUGGGUUGCGAGUUCGAAACCUAUGUGGGGCAGUUGCCAGGUACAGACCGUAGGCCGUUGUUUUUUUCUCCCCGGGUACUCCGGCUUUCCUCCACCUCCUAAACCAGGCACGUCCUUAAAUGACCCUGGCUGAUAGGACGUUAAACAAAAACAAACCAUACUACACAAACCAUAGAGAUGACAGAAACUCUCGAGUCUGCUCUACACAAACCAUAGAGAUGACAGAAACUCUCGAGUCUCUGCUCUACACAAACCAUAGAGAUGACAGAAACUCUUGAGUCUCUGCUCUACACAAACCAUAGAGAUGAUAGAAACUCUCGAGUCUGCUCUACACAAUUAAACCAUAGAGAUGACAGAAACUCUGGAGUCUGCUAUACACAAACCAUAGAGAUGAGAGAAACUCUGGAGUCUGCUCUACACAAACCAGAGAUGACAGAAACUCUGGAGUCUGCUCUACACAAACCAUAGAGAUGACAGAAACUCUCGAGUCUCUGCUCUACACAAACCAUAGAGAUGACAGAAACUCUGGAGUCUCGGCUCUACACAAACCAUAGAGAUGACAGAAACUCUUGAGUCUCUGCUCUACACAAACCAUAGAGAUGACAGAAACUCUUGAGUCUCUGCUCUACACAAACCAUAGAGAUGACAGAAACUCUGGAGUCUCUGCUCUACACAAACCAUAGAGAUGACAGAAACUCUGGAGUCUCUGCUCUACACAAACCAUAGAGAUGACAGAAACUCUUGAGUCUCUGCUCUACACAAACCAUAGAGAUGACAGAAACUCUCGAGUCUCUGCUCUACACAAACCAU